CACCCGUUGACGCAGCCUCAACCCUGGAGAGCCCGAGUUAUUGUCGAUCUGCGAAACGACCUUUGCGUAUUUCGCGCCUACACUCCUUAUCCUGCGCCGACAGCCCGCGUUCCAUACCGGCGGCAUCUACCCGAGGCUUUACAUCAAUCGAUCGUACGACCGGGUCGCCUCUCGAGCUCUCCAUUCUGCGUUCUACAUAUAUUCUCUCCUUCUUCUCCUUUUCCGGUGGCUUAUCGGAUACUUUUCUGUUUUCCUUUCCUUCCUGCUCUUUUCUUGUGGUUUCCCUUGGACGCAUCCCACCUUCUUUGCACCGACCAUGUUCCGCAAUCCCGUCACGUGCCAGGUGGCAUCCUGCGCUACAAAGCGUUUGGUCGCUCCUCAGGCCGCGCCCGCAGUCCGGCACUUCGCAACAGUAUCGCCGGUGGACGCUGCCUCGCGGAGUCACAAGGUCGUCGUCGUCGGCGGCGGCUCAGCGGGUCUGUCCGUCAGCCAUCAGCUUCUCCGAUCCGGCAAGUUCGCCAAGGAGGACAUUGCCGUUGUCGACCCCGCCGAAUGGCAUCACUACCAGCCCGGAUGGACGCUGGUAGGUGGUGGUCUCAAGAAGAAGGAGGACCUGCGACAGCCGCUUGCACCCAUGAUCGACCCCAAGCUCAAAUUCUACAAUCACAAAGUGGGCACCUUCACGCCUGAGCAGAAUUACAUCACCCUGGAUAAUGGCGACAAGAUCAGCUACGACCAGCUUGUUGUCGUACCCGGCUUCCACGUCGACUUGACCAGCAUCAAGGGCCUGCCAGAGGCUCUGGCCGACCCGAAAGCUCCCGUUUCCACUAUCUAUCAGUAUAAUUACUGCGACAAGGCCAUCACCACAAUCGAAGCACUCCGAAAAGGCAACGCUAUCUUCACACAACCGACCGGAAUCGUCAAAUGCGCAGGCGCCCCGCAGAAAGUCAUGUGGCUUGCGUGGGAUCAUUGGAGGCGAGCAGGCUUGUACGACUCCAAGAACCCUGCUGCUUCUCCCAUCCACAUAACCUUCGCCACCGGCCUUCCCACCAUGUUCGGUGUACCCAAGUACAGCGCCAAGCUCGAUGAGCUGCGGAGGGAGAGGGGUGUUGAGGGCCUCUUCCAGCACGACCUCGUAUCCAUCGACGGCAAUACGGCGAAUUUCGUUCGCGCCGAUGGAGAGAAGGUUGCGAGGAAAUUCGAUCUUUUGCAUGCGGUACCCAAGAUGGGACCCCAUGCCUUUGUCAAGAACAGUGCUCUGGCCGACCAAGCUGGUUACGUCGACGUUGACCAGGAGACUCUUCGCCACAAGAAAUUCCACAAUGUCUGGUCUAUUGGUGAUGCUGCGGCGCUACCGACAUCCAAGACCGCGGCAGCCAUUACUUCUCAGGCACCAGUCAUGGUCAGCAAUUUGCUGCGGGCCAUCGAGGGCAAGGAAGCCGAGCCGGCAUAUGACGGAUACACGUCGUGUCCACUUACGGUAGGCGAGAACAAGGUGCUUCUUGCAGAGUUCAAAUACGGCGGCAUACCCAAGGAGACUUUUGGCGACAUGUUCGGUAUCGAUCAGGCUACUCCUCGCCGUGCUUUCUACCAUUUGAAGAAGGAUUUCUUCCCGUGGGUGUACAACAAGUAUAUGGUCAAGGGGCAGUGGGGUGGGCCCAAGGGAUGGAUCAGGUAGACGGUAUUCUGGAGAUCGCGGGGCUGGAUGGGCAUGACGGUGAUGAGGACAGCACAUGAAAAGUCGAGGGAAAUGCGUGCUUACACAUUUGAGGGCUGCAUAUUUGGCGUCAGAUUUUGGACAAUGUCAGCCUCAGGAUCAGCAAGAUACCUUGUACAAUAAAAGCUGUAUUUGAAAGAAACCAGCAACCUUCAUUAUUGAUGCC